AUGCCGUCGUCAGGCUGCACGCCUGCCGCCUUCAGAGGGCCGUAUAACUGGUACUACAUCCUUACCAUCGUCGUCAUAGGCUGUGGCUCCAUCCCCAAGGGCUACGACGAGGGAGGCUUCAGUGCCGCCGUAAGCCUGAGGUCCUUCAAGGAUGACUUCUACCUCAGCGCUGGGAAGUGGGUGGACGAUCCCUCCGGCCUCGCCAGCAGGAAGGCCAACAUCACCUCCUUUGGUGUCCUGGGCGCCGCCAUCGGCUCCCUGAUAGCCUCAGCCCUCACCGACCGGAUAGGGCGGCUGAGGUGCUGGCAGAUGCUCGCCCUGCUGUACAUGAGUGGCUACGUGAUGCAGAUCUUCUCGACGGGAAUCUACGGCUUCCUGCUCUUCGCCCGCAUAUGGGGCGGACUGGGUGCCGGCGGCUUGACUGUCGUCGGGCCAUUAUACCUCUCGGAGAUAGCCCCUGCCAAGAGCCGUGGCAUGAUCGUCAGUGUCUCUAUGGUGUUCCUGUUGACUUUUCUGUCCCUGGGGUUCUUCAUCAACUAUGCUGCCAGUAUCACCAUGCAGGAUUACCGUCCACAGUACCGGCUUGUCAUUGCCAUCCCCCUUAUCCCCGUUGGACUAGCCCUGCUCACCUCCCUCUUCAUUUCCGACACGCCUAGAUGGCUCGCCUCCAAGGGCCGUGGGGAUGAGGCCCUGGCGGUCUUGGCCAGGCUUCGCCACAAGAGUAGUGAUGACUAUGAGCUCCAGGCCGAGUUUGACGAGCUACAACACCAGAUCCAGUCCAAGGAGAAACUGUCCGGGGUUGCAAUCUGGGACAUCGUCAAGGAGAUCGCCACGACGCCGUCCUACCGCAAACGCUUCCUGCUGGCCAUCGCCAUGCAGACCGUGGCGCAGUGGUCCGGCGGCAACGGCAUCACCUACUACAUCCCGCAGAUCUUCGAGUACGCCGGGGUCACGGGCGACAGCAGGUCCCUCAUCACCUCCGGGGCGUACGGCAUCGUGAAGCUGGUGUUCACCAUGAUCUUCACCUGGGGGGCUGGUCGACGUCAUCGGCCGGCGGCGCUCGUCACGCACGCGUACAUGGCCAUCUACACGGGCGUCUGGGUCUACGAUGGGGUGAUCAACAAGCCCGCCUCGGACGUCGCCAUCGCGAGCGUCUUCAUCUACGCCGUGGGCUGGUCCAUCGGCCUGUGCACGGUGCAGUACCUGUACGGCACCGAGAUCUUCCCCACGCGCAUCCGCAGCGUCUGCUACGCCUUCAACAUGGCCGUGCACUGGCUCUUCCAGUUCGCCGUCGUCAGGGUCACGCCCAACAUGUUCGUCAGCCUGCACAUCUGGGGCGCCUACGCCUUCUGGGCGGGCGUCUGCGCGAUCGGGCUGGUCCUCCUGGGGCUCUGGGCCCCCGAGACCAAGGGGGUGCCCCUGGAGCGGAUGGAGGAGCUGUUCGCCGGCCACUGGUGGAUGGGGCUGGAAGGCAAAGGUCGACCUGGACUCGAGCGACACGCAGACCCUCAGGAGGUCGAGGGCGUCCUCGCCCGUGGACGUCAUGGAGAGGGGGAAGGAAAAUGA